GUUUCCCAGCCCUCCCAAUUUUCGUGGGAUAACGGCUCUUGCAUCGAAAAAUAAGCAUUUAGUUGAUUAUUGUUAUUUACUUUUCACCACUUUAUAAUUCCCUAUCUAUUAACUAUCUAUCUCAGUCAAAAAAAAAAAAACUUUCGUGGGAAAAUCUAUCAUAUAUAAAUAUUAUUUCCAAUCAAUUUUAAUAUCAAUAAAGAUCUUUAGUUUAAGUUUUUUUUUUUCAAUUGUACUUUUCAGUCUCUCCAUCUUUUUUCUUCGGGUUAAUUGCAAGAUUGGUCACUGGAAUUACAAAAAAAAGUUCAUGUUUAGUCACUGAAAAUAUUUAGUUAGACUAAUUUAAAUUAGUUAAAUGGUUCAAGUUUGGUCACUCUCCGUUAGUCUCCGUCCAACUCUGUUAGCAAAAUCUGUUAUUUGCUGACGUGGCAAACGAAAUUACUUAGUCAGCCUAAUUUAACCCAAAAAUAAUGAAAUCCGACCCGCAACGUCACUCAACCCACCUUUUCAUCUUGGCCCACCCCAACCCUUGAACCCAAGCCAACUCCCCUUCCUUCUUCUUCAAUUCCUAUCCCUCUUGGUGAAAAAUCGCCGACCAAUGUUCUGAUUUCCCCACUAGUCUCUUCAAUUCCUCUCACUCUCCUUCUCUACUUCCUAGCCUUGCAGUCCAUCCAUGCUCAUCGUCUCCCCUUGGCUCCAGAAUUGGGUCACCAUCAAAACUCAUCACUCCCUUGCCAUCCUACAAUUGGAAUCCCCCUUUUCCUUCGGUAGUGCCUACUGCAUUUGUGCAAUUGGAGAUCUAAACUCUCAAGGAAGGUGAAGCGAUGACCCGUCCUUCCUCCUUCAUUUCUUCCCCGUCGACGAUGAAGACAAGGACGGCGAGGUUGUUGUGGUUGAAGAACCUCCUCUUCCUCGUGUUGUUCGGAGAUUUGUCCUCUGCCCCCAAUCCAUUGAUUGUCUACCACUCCCGACCUAGGCGCUGUUUCCCCUCCCGUACUGCAGAUUCGUCCCCUGCCCACCAACUGGAAAUUUUGGGUUCUUCUUCAUCUAUUUUAUCUAAUUGGAAAAAAUCCCUAGCCCCAACGAAAGACAAAUCUAUUUUUCCUAAUUUGUUUUCUUCAGCAAGAGCGAAGGCGACAACGAGGAGGGAGUUGAAAGUUGCACUUUGUCAUUGUUCAGUCAGAUUGGAGAGUGGAGUGCGAUCGACAGCGAGGAAGAAUUGGGAGCUGAGUAGAUUCUCCAGCUGCCAUUGACGGAGGAGAGGCUAAAAACAAAGAACAAAUCAAGGUAGAUCAGCGGCAGCCAUCGACGGAGACGGGGUCGCUCACGGCGGUGAUGUUUAUGUCGAAGGAAGAAGAAUAAGAGAGGGAAGAGAAGAGGGAAACCGAUGGAUCGGAUGAGGGAGGCGACGAUAGCUUCUUCCGAUCCUCUUCUCCAUUAACAGCCUAUGGAUUUUGCGGUUUGGUCAAACUUGGGUUUUAAUUUAGGGUGGGUCGGGUCACUAGUUUUCUGAUGACGUGACAGGUUUUUAUGAUGUGUCAGGGUUGGAUUAUAUUUUGGUUUUGUUAAAAAUAGGUGGUUAGGCGAGUCUGUUAGCCACGUCAGCAUAUAACUGAUGGUAUUAACGGAGACUGGCGGAAUUAAAUAUUUUCAGUGACUAAAUAUGAACGUUUUUUUGUAAUCCUAGUGACCAAUCUUGCAAUUAACCCCCUUUUUCUUCGCUUCAAUAGUGAAUUCUCUAAUAAGAGGCACCUAACUCAACAACAUCGAUUGGAUCAACAACAGGCACACAACACAUGGUUCAAGUUGAUAAUGAAUGAAGGUAGUAGAACAAGUCUACCAUUUCAAUCCAAUUCGUAACAACGUUAACUAUAAUUCUGGAGACAUGAACUCACAUAUAUGGAUGAUAGACAACCUUUCUGAAGCAACAAUAGAAUAACUUCACAGAACCACGGGCUACAAACUCCUCCCUUUCUAGGGUUUCCUCGUGCUAAUUUCCCAGCCAUGGAUUCCAAUCUAACGAUCUCGAGCUUAGGCUACGAUAUUCCUCAAGCGGAUGUGAGUCUCCCACUCGCGAUCGACGAAUCGUCUCCCGUAUCUGAAAUUGGAUCACCGCCGAAGAGUCAGAAGAUCGAGGAAGCCGCCGGCGAGAAAAGCACCGACGAUGGUACUGCCGGUGACAGCAAGGAGGACGGAGAGGAGGAGUGGACUCAGGUGAUGUUGGAGCCCAAAAUCUGGUGGCCUGAAGACGAAGAGGGAGUGGAGAAGUACCGCCGCUUCUACGAGCAGGUCCAGGAAAGCGAGGGAUUUGAUUUCGCCGACAUACCGCCGGUGGACUACAUUGCUUGCGGGGUUGUUCGGGUCAACUUGGAUUCUGACUGGUUCGAGUAUGUCAAGGACUGUGUGAACCAUGUCAUUGCUGAACACAACUUACUAGACAAAGGGGAGUUGAAGCUGAAACUUGAUAACAUUGUGAAGGCCAAUAUGCGACCUUGUGCUGGGCAGAACUUCUACAUCACCUUCGAGGCUACCAACGAGCUGUCUCCUGAUCCUGAAGAUGCUAAGAAGCUCUAUGAAGCUCAUGUUUAUCACGACAUUGACAAUAAUUGCACCACGAAUCUGCUUCGUGUGAAAGGCGAGAAGACGCAGAUUCGAGGAAAGAGCCGUGAAGAGCGGGCACUAACAUAUGCCUGUUAUCCCAUCUAAGAUCAUUUCGAGACUGGAGCGCCUACUUCACCAAGGGUAGUGCUGCCUGGAAGACUCUUAUCGCCAUAAUUAUUGCGUUGUGUCCAAGGAUUUGUAGUUAAUGAAUGUUAUCAGUAGGAUUUAAGCGAUGAAUUUGUUUCGCUACUUUCUGUAAAAACUAUUUAGAAAUAUGCCUUAAUAGUAGUUAUUAUUAUGUUAGGGUUAGGCGGCCAAUUAGUGCCGAGUAGUUUAGGGUUAAUUAUUAGGUUUUCCAAUUUAUUAUAUAUAUACUUUGGAUUUUACAUCAGAAUUAAACGAGAAAAGUAUUAUGAAAAGCAUCUUUCUAAACCUAAUAUCCCACAACUCCUAAUUUAUCUUAUUCCCUAAUCCAAGGCUUUGUCUUGUUCUUCCCCAAAUAUUCCUUUUCAAUCUUUAGUUCUAUUUCUCAAGUCUCUAAAUUCUCAAUUCCCAAUUUAAUUGAAGUUUUCCAAAUUUUAAUUAAUUUACAUAAUUAAGUUAAAUUGUAAUUGAUUUUUUUUAAUAUUGACAAUUUAAGGGUGCUGUAGAGUAUUUGAAAAAGAUUCUUAUUUUUGUGAUGGUGUUUGUUAAGUGAAAAUAAACUAAAAUGUUCAAAAGGGCACAAAAAAUAAUUUUAAUUUUAAGCAGGAUGACACUUAGUGGAUUUUAAAACGACCAGUAUCGAUUCCCCAAAUGAACACUUACCUUUCACUUCAGCUCAUCCUAUCGAUUCCGACAAGAUCAUCUUUUAUGUCAACAUUCCAACCUAAUUAGAAUCAAAAUGUCGGCUAAUUAAUUGAGUUACUUAUGUAAUAGGUCAUAUAAACCAAAGCAAAUGCCAUGCCAUGCAUUAGUUUAAUUUCGGCAGGAUGUGCAUGCAUGAUUCAAUAAUGCCUAAGCUCACGUGAAAACCAUAUACGUUACAUAUCCUUUAUAAAAUUCUUUCUUUGUAGCAUAUGAUCGAUCCGAAUUUUCUGGAAACAUACAAAAAAGGGUUACAUUAUUAUUUUAAGUGCUGGUUUCUUUCUGAUUUUAUGCACAAGUGGAUUUCAUAUAAGGUAUGUCAUGUCCAUUUCAACAUUAUUCUACUCUCUACGCCACUUUCCAACCCUCCCUUUUUUCAUAUAAAGUAGUGGAUAUUGUUAUCCAAAGUUAGGGUUUGGACUUUAGGGCAUCAUAUUAUGAGAUGUUUCAUGUUCCGAGUCUCUAAAUUUGAUUCCUCAAGUUAGUUGAUGUAAUCUGAGGGUGGUGCGGGCAUGUGCAACUUAAUUUAUAAACAUACAAUGAUAGGAGUCAGAAAUCUGAACGUGAGAGGCUGAUUUGAGCCGUGAUAAUUGUGAAGGGGAGGCUAAAAUUUUAUUGAGAAUUCUAUUUCAUCAAUUUUUUACAAAUAUUAUAUGCGAUUUUACAUAUAUUUCAAAAUUGAGGAGGAACUAGAUAACUAUCAUUAAGUUCAACCUAGCUUCGCCAUUGUUUUCGUAUGUGAUGUAGUGUGCCAUGUGGACGUGUGAUUAGGGGUGUUGGUUCGGUUACCCGAACCCGAAAUUCACUAAAAUCGAAAACCCGUACAAUACAUUGGCUACAAACCCGAACCCGACCCGAAAUUGCUGACUUCGGGUUUCAGUUACCCGAACCCGAAAAAUCCACUGACGGUUUCAGUUUGGGUACAUGUAACCCGAAAACCCGAAACUAAUUAUAAAGAUGAAAACUGUUUGUUGGUUUGGAAAUUCAGAGCUCUCUCCACCUUCCUUCCAAACCCCUCUCUCUUCCUCUCCUUGCGUAUUCCCUUUCUAGAGAAGCAUCCAAGCUAGCUUCUCACUUUUCCACUCCCACAAAUGAAGUUAUUACUCACUACCCAGUACCAAGAACUAACCCCAAACCCAGAACCCCAUUCUUCCCUUCAUCUACUCUGUCGGCGACAUCUCUCACUCAUUCAGUACGGCCACCGACUUCUCUCAAAAUUUAAUGGAUCUGAUUUCGUUUCUCCGCUAGGCAUUCAGAUCCUUAACUCAAUCUCUCUCCUCUCUUGAUUUCUAGCUCCUUCCCCUGAACCCUACAUGCUGGCAGAUUUCCCAGGGAGCCCAAUCCACGAGAAGAAAAGGAUGGAUUCAACUCCUGAAAACAAAAUGAAAAGAGAAAAAGUAAAAGAAGUCGAUGAAGCAAGGAGCUAAAUCGGCGAAACCAAGGAAACCCUAAAACAAGAUCGGAGAAGGGUUGUGCUGCCCAAAUGCGGCGACGGCAAAAUUUCGAUCUUAAUGGAAAGGAUGAGUUUGCGCCGAAGGGGUCGCAAAACAGCACAAUGAGCGUGGUGAGUCCCCGGGGCGAGCUCCCUUCCGACGGCAGGUGGUGGUGGGUCCGGCGGCGGUGAUCCCGCGGCGACAUUCUAAAGAUAUGGAGGACCGGCAGGAUGAAGAGACUCAGGACCAUCGAUGAAUCCGUGGACUCCACAAGCUCCUCGUUGCUAAAGUACCAGGAGGUGAGAGGAAAAUGACGAUGACAGCGAGGAGAGCCCAAACUACAAUUUUGGGUUUUCAGGUUCUUACCGAUUUUCGGGUUAAAGUGAAACCGAAACCGAUACAGUCCAGCUUCGGGUUGGAACCAAAAAUCCGAACCCGAAAAGACUUGUUACCGGUUCGGUUUCAGGUUAAACCGAAAACCCGAACCCGCUUUGACACCCCCUACGUGUGAUGCAGCAUCGAGGUCAAAUAAUUUAGACAAUGUUGCAACUUUGCAAGCAUAGUUCAAACCCGACCAAGAUCAUAUGGAUUUUAGUGUGCCAUGUGGACGUGGGAUCAAGUUGCAUGUUGGUUAGAACUCCAAAUUCAUUGGAAAUUGACCACACAUUGGUUAGAAAUCCAAAUGCAUACAAAAAUAAACAAAAUAUGGAUUUUAAA